CAGUUAUGUUGUUAUCUGGCACUGGCAAUAGGACUGUUAUGCUUGACGUAUUCACAUAAGCCUAUACUUGGACCUGUAGGUGGAGUGUGUAGAACAUUUCAUAAAUAGUUUAUAUCUUUAAGUAUUAAAAGAUGACUGCUGAGGUGCAAACAAAAGAUGUUGGUGGGUGGGUCCCAACAAGACCCAGGGGGCCCAUAGCGGCCAUGUACAACAGCCCAGGACCUUGCUACGGGCUACCCACCCUGGUAGGCCAACCAGGACAUGAUUUCAGAAGUGUUCAUCCAAAGAAGCCAGCGUGGGUGUUUGGCAUCAGGCACGGCAAGUUCCAGGAUGACUGCAGCCCCGGCCCAUGCUACCUGCCCAAAGAAAAGUAUUACAGAGACGGCCCAGAUGGCACUCCCCACUACUCCCUCCACGAUAGGCACAAAGAUCUGACCUCAUUCAAGACUCCUGGUCCAGGUGCAUACAAGCCUGAAAGUGCUGGCCCAAAUGCCUUUAAAUCGGCACCUAAAUAUAGCUUUGGUCUCCGCAACAGAAACAGGAAGUGUGACAAUACCCCAGGGCCAAACAACUACACUCUGCCUGGAAUGCUUGGAAAAACCACAGAAUCCCACAAAAAAUCUGCACCUAAUUAUUCACUAGUUGGGCGCAGUAAAAUGGGAGGAUUUUCAGAGGAUCUGGCUAAGACCCCAGGACCUGGAGCGUACAACGUAACAUCACCAAACAUCUACAAGACAGCUCCUCCCAAUUUCAGCAUGACCAGUAGGAACGUAAUGCCCGGAGACGGCACACAGAAGCCUGGUCCUGGUGCCCACUCUCCUGAAAGAGUUUAUGUAACCAAAAGAGCAGCACCGGCCUUUACAAUGGGUAUGCGCCACACACCAUACAAGGCUGCCAUGUUGGAUGCUCCAUGUGAUGACUGACCUAUCACACUCAUUGAACACAACCAGGCAUAGCUCAUAAGUACAUUGAUUCAAAUUAGAUCAUUUUGUCACUGGCACACAAGCCUAUUUUGUAAACAAUCAAAUCAAAUGCAGAGAAGUGAUGACUGCUUUAUUCCAUUUUUCCCUUUAGGAAUUUUGUAUCAUGAACUAUUAUGCUACUAAAAAUUGUACCAUUUCUUUCAAAAUAGAGUCUUAGUCUUUACAAAGCCCUGGAAAUAUUAUUAUCAAGGUGCCAUUUAUUUAUUUAUUAAACCUACUUUAAUCUGUGAUACUGCUAUGUGAUAUGAUUACUGAUUCUCUCUUGUAUGCACCUACUUCACUAAUGGAGUAUGUAAAUACUUUUUCAUACAACAUUCAGCAUCAGCAUUAUUAUCAAGGCAAAAAUUGUCCUUAGAAAAAAAAAAUUCAGCAAGUGAUAAUUAAAAAAAGAUAAACUAACAUUUUAAAAAAAAGGAAAGUACAAUGUGCUGAGACUAAUAAAGAAAAAUAUUUUUUUAAUGCUUUAGAUAUUUUUUCCCCGAACAAGUAUUAGCUAUAAAUAGAAUUGUUUCUUGUAUUAAAUUUUUGUACUCCCAGCAUUUUAAUAUAAUAUUGUCAAAGACAUUUUUGUUUCAUAAAAAAUAUCUUUCAUAUUGUGUUUUACUUGUCAAUGUUUUGAAACUAUCUGUUUUUGAUAUUUUCAAAGUUUGGUUGUUUGUAUAAUAACUACUGUAUUUGUUUGUUUAUGAAUGAAAAUACAAAAUAAAAUUUGUAAUAUCUUUACAUUAUUUGGUCAAGUUUUUAAAGUUCCACUUUAUCUCAAAAUUGCAUAAGUAAUAUUUACUUCUAUAGAUGAUUGAAUUAUAUAUAUUUUUUAAAACUUACUUGCUUUGAUUACUUAUUGAUAGUUGAAACAAAAGAAAAGUUAUUAUUUAUGUUUACUAUUAAAUAAAAAAUGCAUACUCAUAAUUAAAACAUUUUUGAUAAACAAGCUUAUAAAUUCUUUUAAAAAAAUAUUAUGCAAUUUUAAAUACUUUUAAAUGGGUGUAAAUUUUCAUUUAACCUAGCAUUUUAAAAAUAGAUGUACAGUAUUUAAAAUGAAAAUGUGUAUGUAAGUCUGUUUUUCUUAUCUAAUUUAAAACAUGAAGUGUGAAGUUUAUAAAUUAAAGAAUGAACUAAUUGUGAGAUAUUAAAUAUUGAAACUGGCUCAUUAUUUGUUUUAAGAACUUUUGGCUACAAAUAAACAAAUAGAUAACACA